UCUCUAUUGAAUUUUCGAUAUAGAAUUUUUCUUUUUAAUAAAAUCUAAGUUGGAAUUAAAUCUUUGAUUAGAUUUGAAAAAUUUUCAUUAAAAAACUCUAGUCAAAUAAAUCAAAUCUUAGUUGAAUUAAUCGAAAUAGAAUUUAUUUAUUAGAUUCUUCUCUUUUAUAUAAUAUAAAACAAAUAAGAAUAUUUGUCUACAAUUAAAUAAAUACAUAAGAACUAUUUUUAUAUCUCGACCAAUUUUAUUUAACUUAAUUGAAUAUAUUAUUCAACAUCAUAUUGACAUAGAAUAAUAUAAAAUUUAUUUAUUUAUUCAAACAUUUGUUUUUUCUCUCAUAUUAUGUAAAUAUUUGAAAUAAACCUAUUCAAAUAAACAAGUAAUUAACAUAUUAAAUAAAUUAAUAAAAUAAUAAUAUUAUUUAUAACAUUUAUUAAAUCUAAUUGAAUUGAAAUCAUAUGGAUCAUAUUGAAAUUUGUUUCUUUUUUUUUUAAAUAAAUAAAUUCUAGGUGCAAAUAAUACAGUACGAACGACUCGAACUCAAACUGAAGAUGGUAAAUUUUUAACAACUAUUUCAACAAUAUCAAAAAUAAAUAAUUCAAAUGAGAAUCAAGAUAAUAUUCUUAUUAAUAGAAAUGAAAAAAAUCUAUUUUUUUGGUCAAUUAACAAAUAA